GGUGCCUUAGGAUCCAUGUGCUGUCAUGCUGAACACAGCUGUCAAAGCAUCAAACUAUCUCAGAUUUGCACCGGAAAAGCUUGAAGACCUUGAGGAUUUUGUGAGGGAGUUUUUCGAAAGCCUCCCUAGUGUUCCCAUAGUUUGUAUAAGCUUGCUUGAAGGCGAUUAUGCCAACCUUAUUGGUGAAACACUGCUUCUUCCUUCCUUCGUACCUGCUUGGAUGCUGCUAUCACGUCUAAAUGGAGUUGGGCAACCAAUUUCUAUGCUUCUUCCUGUUGAUUGCAUUCCAGAAGAAGUUCAGUUUAAAUCAGUGGAGGAAUGGCAGUGCCCUUGGGGUUACAGUGUUGUAGAUAAUGUAGCUCCAGUCUUCAAGCAGCUUUUGAAAGAGAAUUUCUUGUCAUCCACUAUGACAAAUACCAGUGCAGAUGCGAAGAUCAACAACAUCAAUUGGUGGUCUCAGAGGAGCAGUCUUAAUGAUUGCCUAAACAAGUUUCUGAAAUCCAUGGAAGAUUCAUGGCUUGGGCCAUGGGCUUGCUUGUUGCUUGGUGAGCUUUCAGACGUUGACUCUGUGAGCAAGAUGGUCAAAGAACUUAUAAAUGAACUGGAGCUUCAUUGCGAAGUGGAAGCAAAUGUUAGUCUCCUCACAGCUAUUCUUGGUGGUUCUAAGUCUAUAGCUGAUGCGGAGGCAUGCAUUUCUCAGUUUCUGCUGUACAAGGGCUACUUUGGUAGGGGAGCAUGUUGUGGAAAGGAAAGAUUGAGGGUCUUCUCCACUGCUUGUACUAAAAAAAUAAGUAUUCCUGAAAACGUUUAUAAGGUGAUAGUAGAGAUGGUUGAUCAAGUUGCGGAACCAGCUGAUAGAGAGCCCGUAAUUUUAGUAUUGGAUUCCGACGUGCAGCAUACCAUAUCUGGCAGCUGCAAUCUCUCUUUACAAUCGUGGUUUUGUACUAUUAUUUUACCCUAGGAUUAAAGUCAGUAUUCUGCGAGAUUUGGCAGAGAAGAGUGUAUUUAAGAUAUUACCUACAGUGUGAUGACCUUGUUGUAUAGUGCUGUAUCUUGCAAUUGAAAGUCUGUUAUUUUCAUAUGUGAUUGAUUACUAAUAAAUAAAUUUGUUAAACGGGUCUGUAAA